GCCACUUUGAUGUUACUCAAGCCAGCGAUGAUACAGCAAUGGAUAAGCCUCACAGUUGUCCCGGGAAAGGGUGUAGGAAUUGGGUACUCUGUCCAAGUAAACUCCAUCCUAAGAACAGGAAGUAGUGUUGGGAGGAUCCCUCUCUAGUAACGAAGCAAGCAGAUGUCCAGGCUGGUGAAGAUCUGCCUAGCAAGAGCCCCGGUGUGGGGAAAGGGAGGUCAGAUACCAGGAACUGCAGAUACUGCUCUAAAGUCAGUGGUGCUGAGCUGGGCCUUGCAGAGCUUAGCUUACAGCAGAUCUUGAUGGUCCUCUGUGGUCUUUAGCAGGUCAUGGAUAAGUUACAUCUUUAGCUACCCCUCCAUGAUUUCCUCCCGUUUUCAUUUCAUCUCAGAGCAUGUGUUGAUUUUGACGGCAUGGGACUUUCAAGCAGUAGGGUUUUGCCAAGCCGAAGAUUUGAAGGCACGAGGCCAGUGACCCAAAGCACAGGUGCAAGUGUGCCUGGAAGGCUUCAGGCCCAAACCAGUAAUUCCCUGCUUUCUUGUAUACAGAGUGUUCACUGCCAUUUCGGAGCUCGGUGUGUGCUCCAGUAACCAAGCCAAUCCCCCGGACACUGGCCUGUGUUGGCAGGACUUCACGAGUUAAUCAUUCCUUAGGCCUCCCUUGGCCCUUUCAUCCCAGGUUCUUAGGUGGGAAUCGGACACUUGGAAAGAUGUUGGGUCAAGGUUCUGGGCGCAGGGCAGUGUGCUCCUGUCUUAAUUCACACUAAGUUUGCCACUAGUGGAGUCCUCGCCAUGUCAUUUCUACCUCCAAAGUAAGUCAUCAGAGUCUGCUCGUCCACAUCUGGUCCAGGCGGGAGUACGAGGAAGUCCGCUUCUACACCCGUGCGCACAAACACGUCCGUGUGGGACAGUCCAUUGAGCUUCGUCAUUAGUCCAGCCUAUUACAGACAUUCCUGGAACAGGCUGGGCCAACAUGGUGUCUGUGUUUCGAAGUGAGGAGAUGUGCUUAUCCCAAGUGUUUCUCCAGGUGGAGGCUGCAUACUGCUGUGUGGCUGAGCUGGGGGAGCUUGGCUUGGUUCAAUUCAAAGAUCUGAACGCAAAUGUAAACAGCUUCCAGAGGAAGUUUGUGAAUGAGGUCCGAAGGUGCGAGUCACUGGAGAGAAUCCUCCGUUUUCUGGAAGAUGAGAUGCAAAAUGAGAUUAUAAUCCAAGUGCCUGACAAGGAUCCAGGGACCCCUCUGCCCCGGGAAAUGAUCACCCUGGAGACUACCCUGGAGAAGUUGGAAGGAGAGCUACAGGAAGCCAACCAGAGCCAUCAGGCUUUGAAGAAGAGCUUUUUGGAACUGACAGAGCUCAAAUACCUCCUGAAGAAAACCCAGGACUUUUUUGAGGUAAACACCUCAACUUUCUUGGGGUUCACGGCCGGUGUGAUAAACAGGGAGAGGAUGGCUUCCUUCGAGAGGCUGCUGUGGAGAGUUUGCCGGGGAAACGUGUACUUGAAGUUCAGCGAGAUGGACACACUUCUGGAGGAUCCUGUGACGAAAGAAGAAAUUAAAAAGAAUAUAUUCAUCAUAUUUUAUCAAGGAGAACAGCUCAGGCUGAAAAUCAAGAAGAUCUGUGAUGGGUUUCGUGCUACCAUCUACCCCUGCCCGGAGCAUGCAGCCGAGCGCAGAGAGAUGCUGGCCAGUGUCAACGUGAGGUUGGAAGACUUAAUCACUGUCAUUACCCAAACGGAGUCUCACCGACAGCGCCUACUGCAGGAAGCAGCUUCCAACUGGCACUCGUGGGUCAUCAAAGUACAGAAGAUGAAGGCUGUCUACCACGUGCUGAACAUGUGCAACAUCGACGUCACCCAGCAGUGCAUCAUCGCUGAGAUCUGGUUCCCCGUAGCAGACACUAGACACAUUAAGAAGGCCCUGGAGCAAGGCAUGGAACUCAGUGGCUCCUCCAUGGUCCCCAUCAUGACAGAAGUGGAAACUAAAACAGACCCUCCCACCUUCAAUAGGACCAAUAAAUUUACAGCUGGCUUCCAGAACAUUGUCGAUGCAUAUGGUGUAGGUAGCUACCGAGAGAUAAACCCAGCUCCCUAUACUAUCAUCACCUUCCCCUUCCUGUUUGCUGUGAUGUUUGGAGACUGUGGUCACGGGAUGGUGAUGCUGAUGGCCGCCCUGUGGAUGGUCCUAAAUGAGAGGCACUUGCUGGCUCAGAAGAGCACCAACGAGAUGUGGAACAUCUUCUUCAAUGGGCGCUAUCUGAUCCUCCUCAUGGGCAUCUUCUCCAUCUACACCGGCUUGAUCUACAACGACUGUUUCUCCAAAUCUUUUAACAUCUUUGGCUCCUCUUGGAGUGUCCAGCCUAUGUUCAGAAACGGCACAUGGAAUGCUCAUGUCAUGGAACAGAAUCCGUAUUUGCAGCUGGAUCCGGCUAUCCCAGGAGUGUAUUCUGGAAAUCCCUACCCAUUUGGGAUUGAUCCGAUUUGGAACCUGGCUUCAAACAAACUCACAUUUUUAAACUCCUAUAAGAUGAAGAUGUCAGUCAUCCUGGGAAUCGUUCAUAUGAUUUUCGGUGUUAUUCUCAGCGUCUUCAAUCACAUCUACUUCAGACGAACCCUCAACAUCAUUCUGCAGUUCAUCCCCGAGAUGAUUUUUAUGCUGAGUCUGUUUGGAUACCUGGUUUUCAUGAUCAUUUUCAAGUGGUGUCGGUAUGAUGCCCACACAUCCCAGAAGGCACCCAGCAUCCUCAUCCACUUCAUCGGCAUGUUUCUGUUUGACUACGAUGACUCGUCCAACGCACCCCUGUACGGCCAUCAGCAAGAAGUCCAGACUUUCUUUGUCAUUAUAGCGUUGGUGUCUGUGCCGUGGAUGCUUUUGAUUAAGCCAUUUAUCCUUAGAGCCAAGCACCAGAAAUCUCAGCUGCAGUCCUUCACGAUCCAUGAGGAUGCCAUGGAGGGCCCCUCUGCUAAGAAGACUGCAGGUGCCCAUGGGACGAAGGAAGGACACGAGGAGGAGUUCAACUUUGGAGACAUCUUUGUCCACCAAGCCAUCCACACCAUUGAGUACUGCCUGGGCUGCAUCUCCAAUACAGCCUCAUAUCUUCGGCUGUGGGCUCUCAGCUUGGCUCACGCAGAGCUGUCCGAGGUACUGUGGACCAUGGUGAUGAGUAUCGGCCUUCGCCUCCGAGGCUGGGGAGGGCUCGUUGGUGUCUUCAUCAUUUUUGCUGUCUUCGCCAUCCUCACAGUUGCCAUCCUCCUCGUUAUGGAGGGCCUCUCAGCCUUUCUGCACGCCCUCCGGCUGCAUUGGGUGGAAUUCCAGAACAAGUUCUACGAGGGGGCCGGCUUCAAGUUCUCCCCCUUCUCCUUUAAGCACGUCCUGGAAGGGGCAGCUGAGGAGUAGGCCUGCCUGCUUCCUGGUGCAGGUGAAAGCUGAAGAAGUUCUCUCUCGACUGACGGCCAGCCCAGGCCAGGUGCCCACGGCCGCAGCCCUUCUCGGCUGUCUCAAGUGUGAGGCCGUGUAAGGUGCAGUAUUCAGCAGGACUCAGCCACUUAACUGAGGGGCCACUUUAGGGAAUCAUUUGGACUUCAUGUGUAGUCUUCGUGAUCAGAUACUAAAAUAACUGGGAAAUGGGGGUGGGGGCUGCACUAGACCGUUAUCUUCCUGUGAUAGUUUAUUUUUAUUCUCCUUUAUUCUGGUUUGAGACAAGGUCUCUAGCUUUCCUGUCCGGGAAAUAACCACACCGCCAACGAUGUCCUUGACCUUGAACUCGGCUCCUCCUGCCUCUCUACUUCUCAAAUGCUGAGAGGACAGGCUUGAGCCCCUCGCCUGGAGUCCCUGCAGUAUUUCAAGUGUUAUGAUCGGGAAAAUAAACAUCUGCCUUGUUCACCGUU